GAAAAAGAAGAGUAUAAAAUGGAGAUGGAGAAAAUAAAAUAAAAUUCCAGUCAGUUAUAAAAAUAUAAUAAAGUUUUUUAAAGUUGUUAUAAUUAGCCAAAGAGAAGAUAAUAUUCUGUACAAAAUUGUCCAAGAACAUGAAAAAAUUCUUGGACGGUAGGACAAAGCCUGUUAAAUACAUACUAACAUCGGAUAAUAAGCUGCAGCAACUUACAAGUUUAGCGGAUUUUACUAUGGAAUCAAAGGAAAUCCCCAUGUUAGGCAUGAGAUCUGAACUACUUUGUAAAGCAUCAAAAGAGUUGCUGAAUGCUGCUAGCGACGGCGACCUAGAUCUAGUUAAAAAAAUAGUGCAGGAUGGAAAUGGAUCGAUGUUUCCUACUGAUUGUUUGGGUACAAGUCCUCUUCAUUUGGCAGCACAAUAUAAUCACAUUCAGAUUUGUCAGUAUCUUCUUCAAUGUGGCUUCGUCAAAGAUUUGAAAAAUAAAUUAGACAAGACCCCUUUGCAUUUGGCUGCCUUUGUAGGAAACUACAAAAUUGUUGAAAUAUUUAUCGGUGUUGGGGCGAAUGUCAAUUGUCAAGAUAUGCUACAUAUGACUCCAUUGCAUUGGGCAGUACAAUACCGGCAUACAGAAAUAGUAGAACUUUUACUGAAAAGUGGCGCCUCAACCGAAUUCAAAAACAAAUUUGGGCUUACUCCGCAUGAUAUUGCUGUACAAAUUAAUAAAAGAGAAAUAAUCGAGUUAUUACAAGCGCAUCUGCUAGUGAUACAACUUGAUACUGAAAAUCAGAAUCUGCAAAAAGUGAUAGAGAAUGAGGAUCAUGAAACGGAUCAAAUAGAGGUAAUUGAUGCAAAUAAUGAUUGUCAGAUAGAUAACCAACAAAAUAUUAAUAAUGAACCAAUGAUCGUAAAUUUAUGUGAUACUGCAGACGAAUACAGCCAAGAUAUCCAAAAUAAAGAUCCAGUGAUAAUAGAUCUAGAUAAUGAAAAUGAUGAAAAACUGCCAGUGAUAACUGGAAAAAGUAAUAAGUUCACAAACUUGAAAAUAGUCAAUGGAGUAAUCCAACCAUCCGAAGAAGAAUCUGACAAUAGACUUUCUGCAAUACAAUUAUUACAAGAACACGGAAUAACUAUGUUACAAAAUGACAAUGAAGAAAACAAUAUAUUGAGUGCAGCAAUGGAAAGUGGACACUCUUUUGUAUUGACAGAAGUUGGAAAACAAGUAUUCAAAACUGUCAAACAAAAACAAGAACAUGCACCUAUAGACAGAACAAACAAAAUUAUAACUGUAACUCCUGAACAGUUUUUAGCACUCAGUAAUGGUAAUCUACGGAAAAAAAAUACUCAGCCCCGUCAGUUGAAUUUCAAUCGACAACCAGGAAUAUUGAGAAAAACUCGAGUGACUCCGUUCAGUAACAUGAUAAAAAACCAGAAACCUAUCAAACCAAAAACCGAAGUACAAAUACUACAUGAAAAAUUAAAUAAAGCUUAUCAAACUAUAGCAGAGUACAAGAUGAAAUUGAAAAGUAAACAGGAAGAAGUUGAUAGGUAUAAAUUGCAAUUGAAAUUGUUUGCUACUUAUAGUCCAGGAGAGAGUGACAUUUUGUAGCACUUAUUUUCCUAGUUGGUGUAUAUAAUAAGUAAGUUUGUUCUUUUGGUGAUACAAAACAAGCAUUUUUGAGUUUGGCUAGGAUUUUCGGAUAAGUUCACAAGAUCAAUUUUAUUUUCCCAGACAUAAAUACUUCACAUUUACUACAAUAGAUCAUAAAGUAUUAUGAAAAUAGCAAUUUGGCUUAUUUCAGAGAGUGGAAAGUGAGUCUGGCUGAAAAUGUUUGGAUCUUCAAUUUUUCACUUGCCAGACGUUUUAUCUAUAAUCACAGAUUAGCCGGACUAUUUUUUUACGUAACUUCAGUAUACCUACCUUUUAUUAGUCAAGCUAUUUUUAUCACUGGAAAAAAAGGGUCGUGCAUUCGUAAGUUCUAAAGCACUUUGCGCCUCAACCCAUCGGAAAACCCCCCCUAAAAAUAUAUGAAUUACUAACCCUAAAAUUAUAUACAUGUUUUCUGACUAGGAAAAUAAGUACCGAAAAUCGUCACUACCUCCUAGACUAUUAGUUUUUGAUAUAGAAUCGUUUUCAUAUACAUAAUCAUCAAACACAUUUGUACAUAUUUAAUGAUUUUGUUGAAUACUGAAGUGGCAUUUUGCUUCAAAGUUAAGUUAAAAAAAAAACUGUGUUCCUUUCAGUAUUCAUAAUAUUUGCCAUAGACUAUAAUAAUUAAUUAUUUUUAUACGAUUUUAUAAAUGGUUAAAUAGAAAGUAAGAGACUGGUUGUAUAUAAAUUAUGAAGUAUUUAUUAUGUUUAAGUUUAUACAAUUUUUGAUUAUUUUGGAUAAGUAUGUUUUUUUUUUUUAUUACAAGAAUGUACAUCUUCAGGUCACAUUAUAUUGAUUCUGUGCCAUGUGAACCAACCUCAGUGGACUUUCGAAGAAUGACACCAUAUGUUGCUAUUCUGCAAUUAAGUAUUCCAUGCCACACUACAGAUCUAUAUUAUAUAGUUUUCUGUUAGCUGUUGUUUUCCGUCUAAGAGCCACAAUUGCUUUCUUCUCUUUCUUCCAUUUUCUAUAGAAGUUUUCACUCUUCAAAUUUGAUGAGCAUCUCUUUCAAGGCAACAUUUCUUAAGAGCUGGUUGAUAAUGUCUGCCAACACCAUAAUGAUGAACUAACGUUUUACUUUGGGAUCAGAUGAGAUAGAAAUUAGUUGAAAUUAUACCUAUUUGUAGUCAUCCAGGUGAGUAAAAAGGUAUGCUGUUGUAACCCAUAUUGACAAUAUUACAAUGCUCAGACCCCCACUUUUUUCAAAAAAUUGUUGUCAGUGCUGUUUAAAAUGUACCAAAGAUAAAUAAAAAUGAAAUCAUUACAAAUGGGUAAAAUUCCAACUAUAAGUUCGGUGUGGCAUGGCAUAGUAUCAGAACAAUGUGUCCUAAAAUGUUAUUUGCAUACAGAUUAAAUUUUAGAAAAAAUAAAUUCUGUUUACAUUGAAUAAGUGUUUCUUUACAAACUUCACAUGUAUAAUAAAAUUUAUGUAAAAAUCAACAACAAAUUUAAAAUCCUUAUUCACUUGACAACGUGGAACUGGAGUGUGCUAUUACGAUAGACCACUCGUUGUAGUAAUUUAUCUCCUAACUCUUUGGAGACUUCGUGCCAAACGCAUUUGCCUAUUAUCGGCACUUCUUCCAAAGGAGACCUAAAUGGAACUAAUAGUGUCAGGCAGAUACCGUCCUUGCUGUCCCUUGGAUCGUGCUCAACCUACAAUCCAACGGUUUAAUUAAAUUUUAUGACAAAUUGUACAAAUGCUUACUAAUAACAAUCCGUGAGGUCUGUGAGUGGGUACCUCGGCGCCAAACAGAUCGACCAUAAAUUUCCUCAAAGUCGAAUGGAAGCUUUUUCCCGGGUUCAAUUGGCACACCGGUAAAUGCCAAGAGGUGCGUUCACUCAACAGAAUAUGCACUCUGUUGGUUGCUUUCUUUUUUAUUACUAUCACCAAACGUAGUAGAAGAUCGGAGUAAGGUCUCAGGCAAGGUAAUUGGUCCGGGUGCCAUGUUCGAUCUUUUAUUUUGCGUGCAUGAGAAUAGGAU